UUCGACCUGACCGUCCAGUUACAUUGGGAAGCGUUGUAAGCUCCAGUGUUCAUCCGCCAUUUUCAGCACACUGGAAAGCAGGUAGACCCAAAACUGCACAGUGCCGGUGAAAACAACAGGUCGUAAUGGCUACGCCUGGAGGAGCAUAUGAAACCAUGAACGACAUCCCAGCUCAUGUGUGGAGAGGUCUGCCGAACAGCAUGAAGCUGGGACCAUCAGCUGUCGACCCAAAUCGUAUUGGUGUCUGGGCAUCAAGACUAAUACCAAAAGGUAAAAGGUUUGGACCAUUUGUAGGGGAACGAAAGAAGAGAUCUCAAGUAACCAGCAAUGUUUACAUGUGGGAAGUGUAUUUUCCAGCCUGGGGGUGGAUGUGUGUGGAUGCCACAGAUCCGAUGAAAGGUAACUGGAUGCGGUAUGUGAACUGGGCGCGCUCCUCUCAAGAACAAAACCUUUUUCCACUGGAAAUCAACAGAGCAAUUUACUACAAAGUGUUGAGGCCAAUCGGACCGGACGAAGAACUUCUCGUGUGGUACAAUGGGGAAGACAAUCCUGAGAUAGCAGCUGCAUUAGAGGAAGAAAGGACUAGCAGUCUGAACAAGAAGAGUUCGCCCAAAGCGAAGCGAGCAAGGAGAAAGCUGUCGGAAAGAAGCAGACUGGCUGAUUUGGGAGGAUUCUGUGAUCCAAGUGCUACAGAAUCCUCAGUCACCGAGAUGCGGGACUCAGAAGAAGGGCUUAAUGGAGAGGAAAGAACAGUUUCACCCUCAGAGUUACAACAGGAGAAUCCGCCUUCCCAGUCAUCCUCCACAGAAGAGCAAAAUCAGGCCCUGCCUGAUGCUCCAACAACAGAAAUGGAUCAGACCGAGGAACUGGAUGAGGAAAAUACAGCGGCUGAAGGACAUGAAGGACAAGUGCAGCAGUCAAACCAGAGCCCUAAUCGCCCCUCUGAAGCAGAGUCAGUUGAUGGCAAUGAAAAGUCUGACCUGCAAAUGCAGACUGGCAGCCUUCCAGAAGACGACUCUGAGAGUCCACUUUGUGACAUAGAGUGUGGCUCUUAUUUAGCGAAUCCUGAGUUAGAAGCAGAAGGGGAAUUCGAAGAUGACGCCCAGGGAGGAACGUACCCCUGUCAGCACUGCGAACGUCAUUUCUCCACCAAACAGGGCCUAGAGCGCCACGCUCACAUUCACACUACUUCUAACCAUCAAACACAUACCUUUAAGUGCAGGUACUGUACCAAGCCCUUUGGCUCUCAGGUAGGCAGGCGUAGACAUGAACGAAGGCAUGAGAAUGGAAGUAAAACUUUAAAUAGGCCAGGAUCACUUGCCGGAACAGCGUUUCUCCACAGUCCCUCCGCACCCAAUGAUUCUGCUACCUCCAGCAGCGUCUCCUCUCCAAGCCAAGCGACCAUUAUGAGCCCACAGAACGGUCCACCUCACCAAAGCUCUGACAGUCUGAAAAAAGAGCCUGGUACUGAUUCGUACCGGUCUGUUGUAGUUGAAGAAAACGGUGAGUCCAGAGAGCUUCACCCUUGCAAGUACUGUAACAAAGCAUUCGGCACACACACCAACAUGCGUAGGCACCAGCGCAGAAUCCAUGAGCGGCAUCUUAUGCCGAAAGGUGUUCGGAAAAAAGGCAUGCUUAUGCCGGAUGGCUCUUCCCAACAGCAGCACCAGCAUCAACAAAGUCAGUCUGCUGCGGUUCAGGAAGAGUCAUCAAGUGCCAGUCCACCACCUGUUUAUGUGCCCAGUGUGGAUACAGAAGAUGAACGGGAGAAGGAGGAUUGUAUGGUUGACAUCUCAAACAAUAUUUCUGAAAAUCUCAGCCAUUAUAUUGAUGGAAAGAUCCAGUCCACGAGCACAGUAAGCAACUGUGAGGUCAUAGAGGUCGAUUCAAGAACCGCAGCAUUGUUUGGCCUUGAUGCUCUCAUUUUAAAUCAGAAACCAAAUAGUCACGCCCUUAAAGUAGAAAUGCGGACUUGUCCAGUGAAAGACGUUUCGUGUGCCUCUCAAUCAGUUUCUAGAAGACGAACGGCUACACCGCCAUUGCUGCCGGCUGUGAAAGUGGAGCCAGAAGCUGCGUCGUCGUCUUCCUCCCUCUCUUCACCUUCCUCUCAAUCCCCAUUGCUGGUUGGAAACAUUUUCCCCCAGUCAACAGACAUGCUAGGUUUUCAAAAAGAAAAAACGGUUUAUCUUUCUCCAAAACUUAAACAACUGCUGCAAGCUCCAGAUGGUCAAAAACCAGCCAUAGGUCUCGUUGCAGAUAGCCAUAGAUUGACCACCCCACUUACUGUAACUUCACUGCCUGCUGUUCAAGGGCGAUUUAAAAGAAGAACCGCCUCACCUCCCACGACCGUACAGACUAGCCCUUCGCAAAGAAAUGACAGUAUAAGCAACACAACCGGGGUUUCGUGUUCACUGAAGGUGCCAAAGAUCGAAAGCCAUUGUGUGUCCAUUGCCUGGAGUCCAUCCAGCCAAGGUCAUGGUGAUGCCAUGAACCUAACUGGAAAUGAUGGUUCUCCUUCAAGAAGUGGUGGGAAUUCAUGUAAUCAACAACCGCUUGACCUUUCCAAUUCCAUUAGUAAAAAAGACAAUACUGCAAGCAAAAGUACCGGAGAGGCUGUGCUGGACUUAAGUAUGAGUCGUAAAAGUGUUGUUGAUGAGAUGAAAACAAGCUCAGCCAUCCUGCCACAUGUAAAGAGGAAGAAACCCAACACCAGCAUUUUAGAGAAAGUGUUGAUGAAUGAAUAUGCAGGUUUAAGCUCCCCUGAGGAGCAGGAAGAGGGCUCCAACAGUCUCGAAAGCCCUGAUGCUCUUUCGCCUUCAGAGAGUGCCACAUGCAUGGGGCCGUCUAGUCCCGGUUCAGAGCGGCUCCCUUGUGAAUCCACCUCUCCUCCAUCGUUGACCCCUAUGACUAUUAAUCCAUCUUCUCCUUCAUCUUCUAGUGUAGCAUCAUCGACGCCACCUCCACCUGUCCUACCCUCUGUCCCUUCUCCUCCACCAUUUGCCUCACAUCAUGUACAGAUGUCAGACAUUGCAUCACUUUCUCCGUUCCCUGUGUUGUCCCCCGAAAUGUCCCCCAAGGCUGUUGACCACAGUUCAGAGGAAGUUUCGGAGACAGCCAACUUAACAGACACACACCACGAUGCAUUAAACCCCAAUGAAUUGGACCAAACUGCUGAGCAGUUAGACACUGCCGUUUGCGCAUCACCUCAGGAUACGAAAAGACAUUGUAAAGCAGAAUCCUCUUCAAAGUCUCAAACACUACUCGAGGGCUCAACCAAUGAUACUAAGCCUCAGUUGUUAAAAAAUGCAGAUGAAGCAUGUUGUUCUCACUCAGAGCGGGAUACUGCCUGUGAAACCAGCCAAAGUCGUUCCUCUGAAGGAACUUUGCCUCAAGACCUCGAUAUUAAAACAGAAGGGCGACCCAAAUCGAAGUCUUCUCAUUCUACCGUACAAUCAACUCCUAAAAAGAAGCCCCUCUCAACCACUGAAGUGCAAUCCACUCAGAAAACAAUAAUCGAUUAUAAUUUAGUCGAAGAGGUUGCAGGGAAAAAAGAGGAGCCGGAUGAUGUUUCAGAGAAUGGUGACGGAGUUUCUGCGUCACCUGGAACCCCAGCUAGAAAUUCAAGUUAUGAAGAACUAGAAACCCCUGAGAAAGAGACAUUCGCCAAGAGUUUUGUGUGUAACGUCUGCAAAGAGCCAUUCCGCUCCAUUAAAGACCUCAGCGGCCACAUAAUAGAACAUGCAUCCGAGUGGCCUUUUAAGUGCGAGUUUUGCGUGCAGUUAUUCGGGAAUGCUACCGCUCUUCUCGAGCAUCGUUCCUCUCUUCACGGGGUUGGGAGAAUUUACAUUUGCUCGGUUUGCUCAAAGGAGUUUGCUUUCCUCUGCAAUCUCAAUCAACAUCAAAGCGACCUACAUCCGAGUCAGGCUUGCACUCACACUGCCGUUGAAAAUGGCAAGCUCAGACCUCAGAACUACACUGAUCCUGCUCAGGCAAACGUGGAGAAAAUGUCCAGCGACACCAUUGCUGACUCAACUGCUGGAGCCCCCUCUCCGGAUUCUUCUGAGGAGCAAAGCAAUAGUGACACUAGGACGACGGGAGACAAAGAAAAUGGCCACGAGGACCCGACAGAGGAACUAUACACUACAAUAAAGAUUAUGGCAUCUGAGGCCGGUAAACCGAAAGGUCCAGAUGUAAGGCUAGGAAUCAAUCAGCACUACCCCAGCUUUAAGCCUCCGCCAUUUCCUUAUCACAAUCACUCACCUGAUGGUUCGGUUGCCUCUGCAACUCAUUUCACUACACACAACAUCCCACAAACAUUUAGCACUGCGAUUCGGUGCACAAAAUGUGGAAACAGCUUUGACAACAUGCCCGAGCUCCACAAACAUAUAUUAGUCUGCGCUAAUGCUAGCGAUAAAAAGCGUUACACCCCGAAAAAGAAUCCUAUACCUCUCAAACAGAUCGUAAAGCAGUCUCCCAACGGCGUGCCUUCUACCACAGUAGCUGCUGUUGGACAGAAUGCCUUCCGCAGGAUGGGUCAGCCGAAAAGGCUUAACUUCAACCAAGACAUCUCCUCCAAAUCGAAGUUAACAUCCUUGAGCAAGAAGAAAAACCAGCUGAUUCAGAAAGCUAUAUUUCAGAAGAACAAGACUGCUGCUUCUGCAAUGAAAUCAACAACCCAGGUCAAGCAAGAGGAGACCCACAAAGUUCAUAUGUGCCCGUACUGUAGCCGAGAGUUUACGUACCCAGCCAGCCUCAAUAAGCACAUCGCAUGCAGCUGUCCACAGAGACCCAUUCCCAAGAAGUUGAAAAAAGGGGCACUGACGCCUCAAGAUAAAAACAUGAAUCUCCGGAGCAGAGCCACUGACUCGGAAAUCAAACAAGAGACAGGAUCUGGUCCGGGCACUAAGAUCUUAGGGAAGACGAGAGCACAGAGCUCCGAGCCUGUAGAAAGUGAAGCUAAACCUCUGAAUAAAGGAAAAUCACCUCAAGUACGCACCAAGAGGCCAGCUUUGAACCCAGAUGCCAUUGCCCCCCAAAUUAAAAAAGGCAAAAAGAGCAACGACCCACAAACCUCCAUAACUCCUGUACUUACUGAUGACCAUUUGGCACGACCACAGUCAAAAAUGCAACGGGGACCCAAAGAUGUUGCUGUGAAGAAAGAGGCUGUAGUGACAACAUCUCAGUCUAAGAAGGAGGAUCGGUUUUCCGUGAGGACAAGGGAGAGGAUGGGUGGGCCGGUCACGCGUAGCGCUCAGAUGGCUAGUGCUUCAACUCCUGUGGAAGUGAAGACUGAAGAGCCCUUAAACCCUGAGCCAGAACUGUCUGAGGAGUCUGUGAAGUUGGCCAGGUAGAAACCAACAUUCUCUAAAGGAUUGCGUCAGUCAUUGUCUGGACGGGGGAGUGUAUAAAAAAAAAUGAAUAACUUGAUCAGGGCCUGAAUGUUGGGGGGGACUGGGAGUCCUUCCUUUCACAUACACUUCACUUUGGCCCCUCGGAAGUAUCUUCUCGGUGCACUUUUGUAAACAAGCCUUUGGAUGUCGAACCCCAAAAUGGACGAAAAAUAAUAAAUCUAUAUCAAAGACAAUAUUUCAUGAUUUAUAAAUGUUGACCUUCUGGUUUUGUAAGGUGUUGCAAGAGGCAAUCAUUUACCAGUUGCUGUUUUUUUAGAUGGGCCAUAUGUUUAAUCUUUAAGGUUAUCCAGCGACCUCCUAAUGCAUGUGCUCUGUAUACAGUAUGAUCGGACUGAUCUUCUUUCUCCAAGUCUAGACUCCGUUUUGACCUGCUCCUCUUUUACUGAGAAAAAAUAUUUGAAGAAGAGUAUAAAUAUAUAUAUAUAUAUAUAAAUAUAUGUAUAUUUAAGUAAAUGUAAUCCUCCACAGGGAAUGUUUAUCUCGAGCCUCUCAUCAUUUGAGAUGCUUUUCUGUUUUACUUUGUUGUUGUUUUGUUUUUGUAAUAGUCAAUGAAUGGAGCUGUUUGAUACAGUCAGAGUGAGCAGGAGAAUUGUUUGCUGUACGGUGUUCUAGCGUCACCCGAACCAGCCAAAACCUUAAGCCAUUUUUUGAUUUCUUUCCUCUACGUUUUUAAUCUUCAGCAUUUACAGCAGGGCUGCUUGCCAUUAAAAUGACACUAAACCUACAACUGCGAAUGAAGAAUUUUUCUUCUGCACUUGCAUGAAAGUGAAUUGAAACAGUUCUAAGUGCCGUGAAUAAUACCCAAAUUAUGUAAUUGUUAGCAUAUUAGUAAUCUGGAUGAUCAGGUUACUCGUAUUAAUUAAAAGCACUUUAUUCAGUCUAAAUUGCCUUUUAUGAAUAUCUGAAAGUGAUGUGAAGCAAUUUUUACAAGAUAUGAUUAUACCCGCUUGAAAUCUAUGUAAAACUAGCAUUAAUUUUCAGUGAGAUGUCAAAGAUUCUUUACAACCACCUCCGAAGUUUGCUUCCAGUCUAUCAAGACCUAUUUAAUGUGUCAUUUUUUUAUAUCCUUUGUCCGUUUUUGCCUUGUACCCAGCUCGUGUCUCUUCACCCACCAAGCAUUACACAAACAUCCUGUUUUUGUUGUUUCUCAUUUUUAUAAAAUGGAUAAGGCUUACGCUUUAGUUGAACAUCUAACUGGACUUCUUGAAAUCUUUAGUGGUCUACCUCCUGGCAAGCUUUGAACUGCGUUUUCUGCUUUGGACAGUGUGAUCUCCUUCAGUCCUAAGCCCGUCUCUGUCUGUCAUUUCCACUUCAUAACCUGGACAUAGAGAUCAGAGGUCUGAUCAAGAUCUUAACGCUUGAAAUGAUUUUUAAGCAAGGAACUUUUCCAGAUUUUAAUUUUGCAGCAUGUCUUCGCUGUCCUGCAUUGAUAUAUUUUUGAGAAUGGAAUGUUGACGGUGUUUUGUGAUUACGACUAAUAAUCCUCACAAAUGUAAAACGCAUUGUUCUCAAUGAUAUAUUAAAUUGUUUUUUUCUUCAUGUAAAUACAGUAUGAUUUUAGUUUUAACUUAAUUACUUAAGAAUUUAUCUAGAAAGUAUGCACCGAUUAUGUUCAACAUUUAAGCAAUAUUUAGGUUUGAUUCAAUAUAUAAAUGUAAAAUAUGCA